UGCAAGCUUUCAUUCAACUUCACCCCAUUAUAGUAGGCCGCCUCAUACCGUCGCCAGACCGAACCCCCUUCACCGCGUACAAGGCGCACCUCCAGACAGACCGCCCAAUAUGUCCGACCGACCGCUGUCCAGCCGGCCACUGCCAUCGUCCUUCGACAACAAUGACGAUUUCUACAACGAAUCCGGGUUUCAAAAAGUUCUCCGCCGCCUCAAAGAAGAACCCCUGAUCCCCAUCGGCUGCGCCCUCACCGUGACGGCCUUCGUUAACGCCUACCGGGCGAUGCGCCGCGGCGACCACCACAAGGUCCAGCGCAUGUUCCGGGCCCGCGUGGCAGCACAGGGCUUUACCGUGCUGGCCAUGGUAGCCGGCGGCAUGUACUACGCCGAGGACCGCAACAAGCAAAAGGAGCUCUGGAAACUCAAGCAACAGCAGGAGGCCGAGGAGAAGCGGCAGAAGUGGAUCCGGGAGCUCGAGGCGCGCGACGAGGAGGACAGGGCCGUGAGGGAGAUGAUGGAGAAGAGGCGGAAGAAGGCUGCUGAGCGCAGCAGCAGCAGCACAGGGAUUGCUACUACCGAGAGUGGUACAGAGGGCGGUGGUGGUGUGGCGGCGCAAGCGAAAGCCGCCCUAAAGGAGGUAAAUGCCGCAGCAGCCAGCGGGGAGACGGCAGAGGGAGGAGGACACGCAGCAGAGCCCGCUGAACAAGCGGCAGGCAGCCAAGUGAGGUCCGGCAGUGGUGUGCUGGGCUCGCUCGGAGGAUGGUUUAGCGGGUCGAGUAACGCGCCGGCAGACUCGGCUCAGGACUUGAAGGAUCAGGAACUUGAAUCAGGAAGCUCCCAGAAGUGAAUGUGUUUUGGGCAGGAUAUGCUCCGAUGUGUAAGUGUACAAUACAGCGACUGGAUUGCGGGAAAAUGUGAUAUGUAUAGGGAAGAGGAAUGGUCUGGCGUUUGGAAGGGGAUUGGACAAAACUGUCACUGAUAUACCGCUGGCAAGUUUGUGUGGUCCAGUUAACCCAGACUCUCCCAGGAUUUGCCUUGUAUGCCUAUCUAUGAAGUAGGCCGAAUCGUUCUCGCUCUCAAUACACCCAUGGGUCGACCG